AUGGCGGCAGCGAAUCUAACCGACGAUCUGGACUACGAGAUCUGGGCUCCGGUCACGAAAACUACUCUAAUCGAGAAAGGACUCUGGGAUGUGGUUGAGAACGGAGUCCCGCCGGAUCCAUCGAAGAUUCCAGAGCUAGCGGCGACGAUUCAAGCCGGAGAACUCUCCAAAUGGAGAGAUCUCGCCGGGAAAGACAUGAAAGCGCUCCAGAUUCUGCAAUCGUCUCUCCCGAAUUCGGUUUUCAGGAAGACUCUCUCUGCUUCCUCGGCCAAAGAAGCUUGGGAUCUGCUUCGAAAAGGUAACGAACAAAAAUCGAAAUUAGGUAGAUUAGAGAAGCGAUUCGAAGAACUUAGAAUGGAGGAAGGAGAAACUUUCAAUGACUACAUAGAUAGAGUUAAGGAAAUCGUCGAACAGUUGCGUCGUUUGAACAUUUCGAAAUCUGACUAUGAGGUUACCAAAAAGGUUUUGAAUUCGCUCUCAGCCCCGUACAACACUAUCUCUCCGGUUCUGGAUGAGCACAUGUAUCCGGAGAAGAUGACUCUUGACAGCAUCGUUGAGUUUUUCGAGAUAUAUCAUUCAAUAGCAGAGGAAACUAUGCUUUUUACGUUGAAUCAGAUGAGUCUUCAACCGAAGAACAAUGCUAAGGCUGGGGCAAGGAAGGCUAAGCCGAGAAAAGGCGAGUGCUUUCAGUGCGGAGAGCGAGGGCAUAAAGCAAGAGACUGCAAGAGAAAGAAUGAGCAGGAAGUGGCCAAAGAAGCUGAGGAAGAAGAGAUCGGUGUUGAUUACUUAAUGUUGGUUGAGGAAAGUUAUGGUGAGUUCAGUUUCGAUGAGGAUAUGUGGAUGAUAUACGCUGAGAGCACGACGAACCAUAUGACUCCGUAUGAGAAGUAUUUCACGGCGUUGGAUAGAACACAGAAAGGUAAGGUUGGUUUGGUGGACGGGAAAUUUCUCAUGGUUGAAGGGGUUGGAGAUGUGAAGAUUGUGAUGAAGGAAGGGAAGAAGAAGACGAUUAAGAACGUGCUUUUCGUUCCGGAGCUUAAUAGAAACGUGCUGAGUCUUGAUCAGAUGAUAGCGAGAGGCUAUUCAGUGAUAACGAAGCAAGACGGAUGCAGUUUUCUCGAUCGGACUGGGGCAGUGUUUGGUGAAAACUGUGUGGGACGAGAGAGGUCCAGCUCUGCGUUUGUAGGUGGUUGA